AUGGACAUAACGGUAAAAGAACAAGAAUUUUCAAAUGGUUUGAUAAAAAAUUCAUCAGCCUUUGAAAACAUAAAGUUUAGUAACAUAAAGAAUAAUUUUAAAGUUCAGAAGAAAUUUCAGAUAUUAUAUUUUAUUCUCUUUAUAUUUGUAACUGGAGUAUUUUUUUUCUUUUUGAUUGGAAAUUAUUUCUUUUCCCCAAAUUAUAAAGUGAAUAAAAUUGUACAAAAUACGGAACAUUUAACAAUAGGAUUUAAAAUUGAAAGACCACAUGACAAAGUAUUAAAAACCAUAGUUGAGAAAAACUUAAAAAAUUAUAUAAAAGAGACUGUAAAAUUUUUUCAGUCAGGAUAUGUAAAACAAAAUUAUUUAGGUAGUGAAAAUGACGUAAUAGAACUAGACGAUGUUGCUAAUUUAAUGUUUUAUGGUGAAGGGGAAGUAGGUGAUAAUCAUCAAAAAUUUAUGUUAAUAUUUGAUACAGGUUCAGCUAACUUAUGGGUACCAAGCAAAAAAUGUAACAGUAUUGGAUGUAGUACUAAACAUUUGUAUGAUUCAAGUAAAUCCAAAUCUUAUGAAAAAGAUGGAACAAAAGUAGAAAUAACUUAUGGCUCAGGUACUGUUAGAGGAUUUUUUAGUAAAGACUUAGUUACUCUUGGUUAUCUUUCUUUACCAUAUAAAUUUAUAGAAGUAACUGACACAGAUGAUUUAGAACCAUUAUACACUGCUGCUGAAUUUGAUGGUAUAUUAGGUUUAGGAUGGAAAGAUUUAUCCAUUGGUUCUAUUGAUCCUAUUGUUGUUGAAUUAAAAAAUCAAAAUAAAAUAGAUCAAGCUUUGUUUACUUUUUAUUUACCUGUACAUGAUAAACAUUCUGGUUAUCUAACCAUUGGUGGUAUAGAAGAGAAAUUUUACGAAGGAGAAUUAACUUAUGAAAAAUUAAAUCAUGAUUUAUUUUGGCAAGUGGAUUUAGAUGUAAAUUUUGGAAAAACAUCUAUGGAAAAAGCAAAUGUUAUUGUUGAUAGUGGUACAAGUACCAUUACUGCACCAACAAGUUUUAUUAACAAAUUCUUUAAAGACUUAAAUGUUAUCAAAGUUCCCUUCUUACCAUUCUAUAUUACUACUUGUAAUAAUAAAGAUAUGCCUACCUUAGAAUUUAAAUCUGCCAACAAUACAUACACAUUAGAACCAGAAUACUACAUGGAGCCAUUACUAGAUAUUGAUGACACUUUGUGUAUGCUUUAUAUCCUACCAGUCGAUAUUGACAAAAACACAUUCAUUUUAGGAGAUCCAUUUAUGAGAAAAUAUUUCACCGUAUUUGACUAUGACAAGGAGAGUAUCGGAUUUGCCGUUGCAAAAAACUAG